AUGUCAACCUCUAGGUGGUUUGAGCUCCAAGCCGAAAUCGCUAAUGAGUUUUCCAACGCUGUUUUUCAAUGCCUCGAAUACUCGACCAUAUGCGAAGAACUGGGGUUCGAUCACAACAGACCUCGCUUCGAAGCCAUGUCACCUGACCUGAUCUUGACGCCCGGUCAAGUAACGGGCAUCGGCUGGACAGUGCGCAGGUUCUCUGAGGAUCACAAUCCAACCAUGAUGGGACAGCUCAUUGCAGACUUCUGCGGUUCGGGGAAGACGGGUAUUGCAAUCGGGAUCAUCCUAUACCUAGAACAACUGGACAAAGAGGGUCGCGCCCACUCUGUCGCAGAGGGGAAUCGGUUCCAAUCGAGUGCGAUCCUGUUGGCAGUCCCGCUGAAUGUCUGCUCACAAUUGGUGUCCGAGCUGCAGAGAUGGGCCCCAGCUCUAAAAUUCGAGCGUUACUAUAAUGCUGCGGAUCCAGACCCUAUCCGCGCUCAAGACUUUGCCCCGGGUGGCCGAUUUGACCUCUAUGAGCCAGACAACCCUCACCUCUUCCUCACGACGUUCACAUACUUCUCCACGAAUCAUCCCGCACCGUGGAUGUACGAUGCCAACCUGAAUGAGUACUCGCUGAAUCCAGCAUACGACAGAAGCACAUCUCUCGCGAAUGUCUUUGAAUUUCUGCUCGUCGACGAAGCGGAUCAGCUGAAGAAAGGGGUCAGCGGCACAUGGGGUGCCGCUUUCGUCGCUCUGAAGGCAAGGAAAAGGACCACCUUUACCGCCAUCCUAUUCCCAAACCGGAUUUCCGACAUGAUUGGCAUGUUGGAGUUGCUCGAGCCUCCACCAGAUCGCUUAUGGCCAUAA